AUGGGUGCCGUGUCUGCUUCUGCCAAUACCAAUGUCGCCAAUGGCGCUACCCUAAAGGAUGUCAGCUCGUUCAUGCUUCUUGUCUCCGAAGCCGUCCACGAGACACCUGUUUAUCUCGCAUCACAGAACAAACUCCACCUGCCUCAGUUGGCUCCCCCUCCCGGCUAUCUCCCUCAGCUCGUUAUGGACCUGAAUAAGGGCCCGCCUAUACUGUCCGAGUACCUCUCCGACCCUCCUGUCUGCAGUAAUCGAUCUAUCCGUGGUGGAGAACAGCGUGUCUCUUUGAGAACUCUAGACCCGGAGACCAAUAAGUCGGUUACCCUGGUAAACAAUUAUUUCGGCUAUUACUUCAAUACCAUUGACGACCUGGUGGUGCAUCCAAAGACGGGGUACAAUACUUCAUCCGGUGCGAUUUUCGUGGUUGAUGAGUCGAUUGGCCAACCCAAUGGUAUUGCUUUCAACCAAGAGGGCUCCAUCGUGUAUAUCACUGACAGUGCUGCCAUGAGCACUCCACUUGAUCCCCAAUAUGGUCAUCCUGGUCGUACAUUCAACGCCACUCAGCGCAGGACUGUUUACGCCUUUGACGUAAACGGAGAUGGUACCCAUGCUUACAACGAGCGACCUAUUUAUAUGGCCUCUGGAUUUGUCCCGGACGGCUUGGAAGUAGCUGCUAACGGAUACAUCAUGGCAGGUGUUGGACAAGGUGUUGAUAUACUUGACCCCUCUGGGCAACUUCUCCUGACCAUCCAGACCAACUACACCGUACAGAAUUUCGCCUGGACGGGUCCCGAGCUCAAGGCACUCUGGCUUGUGGGUAGUGUUGGGAGGGGGGUUAGUAAAGUGGGAGCUUGUAGGCCAGGAGCUGAGGUGAAUCUGAGGGCCAGGGAAAUGUAA